AUGAAGGUCUCAACCACCAGUCUCCUGCUCGCCAGCCUCUGCGGCUCGGCCUUUGCAGCUCCCGUCACCGCCGACGUCGAUGCCGACGUCCACGCCCGCGGGCUGCUCGACGGCAGCACCCUGCAGAGCGUGACCAGCGGCAGCCCGGCCGGCCUCGGAAACCUGGCCGGCGCCACCGGCGGCCUCGACAACGCGCUCAGCGGCGUGACGGGCCAGACCGGCAGCGGCCUCCUCGGCCGCGACAUCGACGUCGACGCUCGUGUGGACGCGCGCUCUGCCGUGGACGGGCUUGUGCCCGCCGGCAAGGCGACCGAUGUCAGCGGACUGCUGUCGCAGACCGGUGCCGUCGGUGGGCCGCUUGUCCACGCGCCUAUCGAUGUCAACAUCAAUUCUCGCAGCGCCGAUGCCGCGGUCGAUGCUACGGUCGAUGCCAAGAUCAGCGCCGCCGUAGACGCCAAGGUCACUGCCGUUGUUGAUGCAAAGGUCGACGCCAAGGUUACUGCUAUUGUCGACGCCAAGGUCGAUGCCGCGGUUAACGCCAAAGUCACUGCUGUUAUCGAUGCAAAGGUUGCUGCCAUCGUCGACGCCAAGGUAGCUGCCGCUGUCAACGCCAAGGUUGAUGCUACCAUCGACGCCAAAGUCACCGCCGCUGUCAACGCCAAGGUCAGCGCCAAGGUCGAAGCCCGCAACUUCCACGCCAACGCCAACGCCCUCGUCGGCAAGCUCGUCGACGCCACCGGCAAGGCCGCCGUGACGCCCUUCCCCCAGAACCCGCCCGUCGAUAUUGACGUCGACGCCGCCGUCGCCGUCAACGGCAUCGUUGGCGGCGCCGAGCACAAGCUGCCUCUGCGCAGCCUGUAA